CCCACAGGCCACAAUUAACCAACCAACCAAAUCUAACCCACCCAAAAUCCCUCCCUCCCUCUCCUCCCCCCUCACCAGCACCAGCACCAGCACCAGCACCGCCCCCCUCUUCAAUUCGAAUCAAACAAUGCAAUCACGCUUCACAUCCUUGGCAACUCGCACCCUCAAAUCCACAACCACCAAAGCCAAAAAUUGCAAUUUCUCCUCCUCCACAACCGAAUCCUCCACCAAACAACACCCACAAUUCCCCGAAACCCUAGCCGGUCUGCGAGCUCGAUUAGCCGCCGAAUCCCCUGCGCUCGGCGAUUUCAUCGACCUCCAAUCCAACAACACCUACUCCGUCGAAGUUGGAACAAAAAAGAAAUCACUCCCAAAACCUAAAUGGAUGAGAGAAGCCAUUCCGGGCGGUGAAAAGUACGUUCAGAUUAAGAAGAAAUUGAGAGAAUUGAAACUCCAUACUGUUUGCGAAGAAGCUAAAUGUCCUAAUUUGGGGGAGUGCUGGUCCGGUGGCGAAACCGGCACUGCCACUGCUACGAUUAUGAUUCUCGGCGAUACUUGUACUCGUGGCUGCCGGUUUUGUAAUGUGAAGACAUCGCGGACGCCUCCUCCGCCUGACCCGAAUGAGCCUACUAAUGUGGCAGAGGCAAUUGCGUCGUGGGGUUUGGAUUAUGUUGUGAUCACGAGUGUGGAUCGUGAUGAUUUGACUGAUCAAGGGAGUGGUCAUUUUGCGGAAACUGUGCGGAAGUUGAAGACACUCAAGCCAAACAUGCUUAUCGAAGCCUUAGUUCCUGAUUUUCGAGGAGACCGUGGUUGUGUAGAGAAAGUUGCAACAUCAGGACUGGAUGUCUUUGCUCACAACAUUGAAACAGUUGAAGAACUUCAAAGUUCUGUACGGGAUCGUCGUGCUAAUUUUAAGCAAUCUUUAGAUGUUUUAGUGAUGGCUAAAGAAUAUGCUCCAGCCGGGACACUUACCAAGACUUCAAUAAUGUUGGGUUGUGGGGAAACGCCUGAACAAGUUGUGAAAACAAUGGAAAAGGUGAGAGCUGCAGGUAUUGAUGUGAUGACGUUUGGCCAGUAUAUGAGACCAUCUAAACGUCAUAUGCCAGUAUCUGAAUACAUUACCCCUGAUGCAUUCGAGAAGUAUAGAACAGUUGGCAUGGAAAUGGGAUUUCGAUAUGUGGCAUCUGGUCCCAUGGUUAGGUCAUCAUACAAGGCAGGUGAAUUCUACAUCAAAUCCAUGAUAGAAUCCGAUCGGUCUGCCUCCUUGCAGCUUCCUAUCUCCUGAUGGAUGCUCUAUUUAUUAUAUUUCACUGCAAAUGGAUUGGCUUGUGCAUUUGGUUAUCAUUUAUAGGGACCCGAAACCUGAUGAGCUUUGGCAGACGUCUAAAGCAAUUUGUUACCAAGUUGUAAGAGGCCAACCUCGCAGAUCAUCCUCAAGGUUGCAUGAGCUCGAGGUCUUUCUAUUCUGCUGCUGUUGUAAAUUCAGUCCGUUGUGCUUAACCACUUAUCCUUUGUUCUCAUUAUUUUUCCUAAUAAAAUUUCUCUUUUUUCAUCCA